GACGGGGAACAGUCUGCCCGUGACCCGAGUGGCGGCAGGGCGUCGUGUACACCUCAUCGCCUCCAGGUUUUCUCUCUGUUGCCUUCCGCCCUUCCCACACCGCCCUUCCAUCUGCAGCUGCCGGCCGGGACACAAGCCAUGGAUGCUCUAAGGGAAUAUCUUAACCACGUGGAGGAGUUGGCGGAGGAUGUAGAGCCGUGGCUACUGAUUGUGGUGACGACCGGAGUGACGCUGGGGUCCCUUGCCCUACUGAACCUAUGGCGCAAUCGACAAGACGUGUUGAAGUCAAGCCGGGCGUGGGUGUUCCGCACGCUGCGCUGUAUCCCGGCCAUCGAGGGGAGGAUCAACCGGCAGCUGGAACAGGCGAGGAAAGAAAUCGAAAAGAGCAUGUUUGAAGUGAAGGACGAUAGCGUGGCGCCCCUGCACACCCUACCCCCGGUCGGCUGGUCUAGUGAGGAGGUGAUCACUGCCGCCACUAAGGUGCUGGCCAUGGGUAAAUAUGACUGGAAGGAAGGUCGUUUAUCCGGAGGAGCCUUUAGCGGCAAGGACGAUGCAUUCACGCAGCUCCUGACGGAUAUAUACAGACGCUACGCUCUCUCCAAUCCUCUACACUCCGACAUCUUUCCUGGAGUGCGUAAGAUGGAGGCUGAGAUAGUGAAAAUGACGCUUGACCUCUUCCAAGGUGACAAGGACGCCUGCGGCUGCAUGACAACAGGCGGGUCUGAGAGUCUGUUGCUGGCUAUGAAGGCGGCGCGGGACUGGAGUCGAGAAGUCAAGGGCAUCACUGAACCUGAGAUUGUUCUUUGCUACACAGCUCAUGCAGGCUUCGACAAGGGGGCCAGCUUGCUCGACGUUAAGCUGCGGAAGGUGGACAUGGACCCAGUGACGUGCAAGGUGGAUCUGAGGGCCAUGCGACGGGCCAUCACCUCUAAUACUGUUAUGCUGGUGGCCUCAGCGCCGCAAUAUCCUCAUGGCAUCAUUGACGAUGUAGAGGGCGUGGCGUCGUUGGGGAAAGACAAAAACAUACCCGUGCACGUGGACUGCUGCAUGGGCGGCUUCCUCCUGCCCUUCAUGAAGGCUGCGGGAUAUCCUGUGCCGCCCUUCGAUUUUCAGGUGCCGGGCGUCACCAGUAUCUCCGCCGACACACACAAGUACGGACAGGCGCCUAAGGGAUCCAGCGUGCUGAUGUACCGCAGCAACGACUACCUCCACCACCAGUACUUCGUGACCCCGAACUGGCCCGGUGGCAUCUACGCCACCCACAGCAUACCGGGCUCCAGGGCAGGCGGGCUGGUGGCUGUGUGCUGGGCCUCGCUGUUGUACAUCGGCUUCCAGGGCUACACCAACACCACCAAGGCCAUCAUAGCCACCGCCAGGAAGCUAACUCAACGGAUGAAAGAGGUGCCCGGGGUGGAGAUAUUCGGGGAUCCCCUCACCUCCAUUGUCGCCUUUAACACUACUGAGGUGGAUAUUCUCAAGGUCGGGGACGUGCUCUCUGGCCGGGGCUGGCACCUCAACUUCUUGCAAUACCCGCCGGGCCUGCACGUGUGUCUCACCGGCCUGCACGCCAAUGACGCCUUCGUUGACGGCUUGGUGCACGACCUGAAGGAGGCGAUAACAGAGAUUAAGAACAACCCUUCUACUCUCAAAGGCGUUGGCAAGGUAUAUGGCACGGCGGCGGCCAUCCCGGACAAGGCACUGGUGGGCGAGGCUGCCAAAUUGUUCCUUCAGUGUUACUAUGACACUCUACCGGACCCAGCCUGAACCAGCGACCCAUCUGUAGCCAGUGAUACUCAGACAACAAGAGGAAGUCAGGGUAUACCCAUUAAUCAUUACCCCCGUCCCACUAGGCAAGGCAGCGCAGGUAUUUCUAAAGCCUCAGUAGCUAGCUAUUGUAAAGUUUCCUCCAAGCCUUAAGGUCACAGAACAUUACAUGGUGUCAGCUGGGCUCGUAUUCUCAAACACUUGUGUGCUUCACCUCCACUAUUUCAAAAGGCCUUAUUCAAAUUUACUCAAGUUUUUUUUAAGGUAUUUUUACGUUUCUAGAGGCAGAUUGACAAUAUUUUUGCAUUAUUAAGUGGAGAAACACCUUUGAAAACUCCGCUAAUCAUUUUUGUGGCUUUUGAAAAUAGUCGGGGUGAGAGAGUAGAGCGUUUCUGAAUACGGAUCCUUGCAGCUGUGUCCAUUGUUGUUUGCUUACCUCGCAUGGAGCUUUACGAUCGCCUCUCCUCAUUAAACUCUUCACAUGAAGGAAAAAAAAAAAAAAAUGCUUGUACGUUUACAGAUGAAAUAAUGUUUAGAAGGUUCUUUUUUUUCAUGGCAUGUAAUAUAUAAAUGAAUGAAGGAUAUAUGUAACUGUUUAGCAGUGAAAGUAUAUUUACAAUAUGAGUUAUACGGAAAAAAUAAUAGAUAAGUAUUUAUAUCCAAGGUUCGAUCCAAAAGCAAAUAUUCUCUUGAUAUAUUCUUUUUAUCAAUUUAUUUACAUUCAUAUUAUACAGAAUGCAGACCUUAAUCCUCAAUGUUGUUCUUCAAUCUGUUAUGUAAAAGCUACUGGGUGUGGCUGGCGAACCAUCAUAACGUGAUAAUUUCUGCAUCCUUGACCGGGGAAAACCUAUGAUCAAACAUUAAAAUAUAGACUGCAAAGAUAACAA